CCUCUUUUUUCUUCCCAGCGUCCUUCGCCAACCACUAUUCCUGACGAAACCCGACAUCAUGGAGCAGAGAGAAGGAAACAAAACAGCGAUUCCAACUAAAGAGGAGCUUGGCGUCUCACUGUCGUCUCCGCCUCCUUAUACAACAUGGACGACAAAGAGACCGUUCCCUUCUAGUCUGCCUCCUCGGUUAUUUGGCCCUUGCCUCAUCGCUUACAGCGAACAUCUACUUCCCCCUCAUCGACCUCCUUGCCGAGCGGUACGACGUAUCGCCACAAGCUAUCAACCUUACAAUAACCCUCUUCUUCGUCUUCCAGGGCAUCGCUCCCUCAUUCUGGUCGCCGCUAUCCGACUCAUUUGGCCGCCGGCCCGUCUACCUCGCCACCUUUACCAUCUACACAGCGGCUUCCCUAGGCCUGUCCAUUUCUGACAGGAACUACCCGGCCCUGCUCCUCUUGCGAGCGAUGCAGAGCAUUGGCGGCUCGGCCGUGCUCUCGCUCGCCUACGCCGUUGUCGCCGACGUGACGGUGCACUCGGAACGCGGUCGGUUCCUAGCGCCAAUGCUAACGGCCACCAAUAUCGGGCCUUGCAUUGGGCCCAUAAUUGGCGGAGGGGCGGUUCUCGCCUCCGGGGAUCCUCGCUGGUGCUUUCGCGCGCUGUUAAUCUUUGGCGCGUCGGCGUUGCUGCUUAUUGGCUGUGUGCAGCCUGAGACGGCGCGGACGGUGGUGGGCAAUGGUGCCGUUCCGGCAAAGGGGAUAUGGAGGACGUGGUGUAGUUUGCUGUUUGCUUGGGGGAAGCGCAGAAGGCAGAAGCAAAACAUCGGGACGAUGUCACCUUGCUCUGGCUUCGGAAGCGAGCGUGCCCAACGCGACGAAGAACAACAAAAUGCAGGGGAAGACGAGGCUGUGACAGAGGGCGACAUCAACACGGGCAAAACAGGCCGCGGGAAGUUCGUCAUCCCCAACCCGUUCCCUUCGCUCCGCAUCGUGUUCUAUCCCGACACCUUCUUAGUCCUCUGGCUGGCUGGCUGCCCCUACGCCCUCUGGUUUUGCGUCCAAACGUUGAUAACGCCCGUCUUUAGCCAAACCUACCGCUUCAAUCCCCUUGAAGUUGGCAGCUGCUUCCUCGCCGGCGGCGCAGGCAUCAUUGCUGGCGGGUUCGUGGCUAGCCAGUUGAUGGACCGCAACUACAAGCACGUCGCCCAACAGGCUGGGUUCACAAUCGACCGGAAUCGCGGGGACGACGUUGCAAGCUUUCUAAUCGAGCAUGCACGCUCCCGCUGGUCUGUCACUAUUAUUGUGAUGUCGAUGUGUUUUGUUGUCGGCUAUGGAUGGGUCGUUGAGCAGCGAGUUCACCCAGCUGUUCCGCUGCUUUUUCAGGCCUACCUUGGAUGCAAGUGUACAACAUUGCAUCAGACAUACAGUGCUCUAAUCGUGGAUAUCUUCCCAGACAAGCCAGGCACUGCUGCGGCUGCGAACAACAUUACGCGCUGUACACUGGCUGCUGCAGCUGUGGCGAUCAUUGAUCCUUUGGUAAGAGCGCUGGGAUAUGGUUGGGUGUUUACACUGUUAGGCGUGUUUGAUGCUGUGAGCUGUAUGUUAGCAGUAGUGGUGUUGCGUCGAUGGGGCAGAACUUGGAGAGACAACCGUGGCAGAGGACGUAAGAGAUAAAGAGAUGGUCAAAAAAUAGAGUUACACUCCAUCCUUGGCACCCCACUUACACGUCGUGAACGCGUU